UGGGGGUGGCGCUCCCGAGUCCUCCCGACCCCGCCGCCCGCCCCGCCGCUGCGGCUCCUGCUCGCUGCUGGCUGCUGUCACUUCCCCUUCCUUGCGCCGCCCGCCCGCGAUCCGGCUCCGGGUCAGAGCGCGGCGCCGAGUCCCGGCCCUCCGUCCGUCUCCGGCCGCCGCUUCCCGGCCCUUCCCCGGCGCUGCAGCUGACAUGGGCCGGCCGCGGCGGAGAGCCUGAGCCGGCUCUUUGAUGCACAUGAUCUGUACAGAGGAGACAACUUUCCCCAGGUACUGAAUACCCUUGCAGCCAUCAACAAAGCAACUGAAGACCAACAGUCGGCCAGGCCAUGCUCACGUCUGCCAUCUCCUAGCUGCGCUGCGGGUGAGUCCCACCCUCUCCAACAAGGACCAUCCUCUACCAGAAGAGCUUUGCGCAGGCAGUCAGGAGCAGUGGAGAUGACUGAAAAUGGCGGUUACCAGCUGGUGGUCAAGGCCAGAUUCCACUUUAAGCAGACCAACGAGGACGAGCUCUCAAUCAACAAAGGCGACAUCAUCUACGUCACCCGGGUCGAAGAAGGGGGAUGGUGGGAAGGGACCCUCAACGGGAGGACCGGCUGGUUCCCCAGCAACUACGUCAGAGAAAUUAAAUCUACUGAUAAACCGCUCUCCCCGAAAGCAAUGAAAGCUGAAAGCCCUCAACUUACAAAGAAUUACUAUGCUGUGGUACUUCAGAAUAUUCUGGAAACAGAGCGGGACUAUGCCAAGGAACUGCAGUCGCUUCUAGGAACGUACCUGAGGCCACUCCAGUCCUAUGACAAGCUGAGUGUGAUGGAUAUUGCGUCAUUACUUGGAAAUGUGGAUGAAAUCUGCACCUUUCAGCAAACGCUCAAUCAGGCUCUGGAAGAAUGUGCCAAGCUUCCAGAGCACCAGCAAAGGGUGGGAGGUUGCUUCCUUGGCCUGAUGCCCCAGUUCAGAUGUCUGUACCUCACCUAUUGUGCUAACCAUCCUUCUGCGGUCAACGUCUUGACCCAACACAGUGAUGAACUGGAGAAAUUUAUGGAGAUCCAAGGGGUGGCUUGCCAAGGGAUACUGACCUUAACUACAAGUCUCAGCAAACCCUUCAUCAGGCUGGAUAAAUAUAUCUCCCUCCUCCAAGAACUGGAGCGGCACAUGGAGGAGGCUCAUCCAGACCACGAAGAAGUAUUGAAAGCCGUGGCAUCCUUCAAGUCCCUUGUGGCACAGUGUCAGGAACUGAGGAAGAGGAAACAGCUUGAGCUGCAGAUCCUUUCAGAAUCCAUCCAGGGCUGGGAAGGCGAAGAUAUCAGAUCGAUGGGCAGCGUCCUCUAUAUGUCUCAAGUCAUGGUCCAGUAUGGAGGGAGUGAGGAGAGAGAAGAGAGGUACUUCAUGUUGUUUUCAAACGUUCUCCUGACCCUCUCGGCAAGUCCGCGAAUGAGUGGGUUCAUAUAUCAGGGAAAACUGCCUUUGACAGGAAUGAUGGUGACAAAAUUAGAAGAAAUGGAUGGGAAUGACCGUGCUUUUGAAAUUUCAGGGGGCAUGAUAGACCGGCUGACCGUCCACUGCAGCAGCAGUCAGGAUCUUCACGAAUGGCUGGACCAUUUGCAAAGACUGACCAGGGGGACGGCUUCGAGCGGCACCCUCUCCAAGACGCACUCGUGGAGCGCCCAUUCGAGUUUCAGCUCCGCCGGACCAUUCCGUGAGCCACUGGAGCCCCCUAAAAUCCUGAAGCCCUGGAGCUUAAGCUGCCUCAGGCCCGCCCCGCCCCUCCGGCCGUCGGUGGCGCUCAGCUACAAAGAGCGGAUGUCUUACAUCUUGAAGGAGUCCAGCAAGAGCCCAAAGACCAUGAAGAAGUUCUUACCAAAACGGAAAACGGAGCGGAAACCAUCGGAUGAAGAAUUUGUCAUUCGAAAAAGUACCGUUGCACUGGAAGAAGACGCUCAGAUCCUGAAAGUGAUCGAGGCUUACUGCACUGGGGCCAGCUUCCAGCAAACGCUUGGUUCAGGUUCCCGUAAAGAUUCCGUCCCCCAGGUCCUGCUUCCCGAGGAAGAGAAGAUCAUCAUUGAGGAAACACGAAGCAAUGGUCAGACCAUCACAGAGGAGAAAAGCCUUGUGGACACCGUCUACGCACUGAAAGACGAGGUCAAGGAACUUAAGCAGGAGAAUAAACGGAUGAAGCAAUGUUUGGAAGAAGAGCUGAAGUCGCGGAAGGAUUUAGAGAAACUCGUCCGGCGGUUGCUGAAGCAAGCGGAUGAGUGCGUCAGGGAAGAAGGCGGGCGCAGGUCCUCAAUCCUGGCGUGAUUUCCUGCCGCCGCCGCGGGCAGGUUGCAUGCAACUUCAGGUACUCUUUGGAAACGGAAUGGAGACGUUGGAUCCCUCUUUCCCCUCUUAGUGUUCUGAGUUGUUGUUUUGUUUUUAAGUACGAACAAGAAAGGAAAGGCAACGGCUCUGACCGCAUUUUUCCCAUUCCAUAAGUCAGUUUUACACACCACGCAGGGUUACUUCUGAAAGACUGCCAGGGUUCUGGCCCAUGCGUCAUUCUCACCCCUCCUGCCGCUUCCGAUACCUCACUGCACCUUCUUCUAGGAAUGUGGACUGAGCAACCGACCCGGUUGCUGCUCAGAAUGGAGACAGCUGAGUGGAAACUUCAGAGGAAACGCAGAACACUUUUCUGUGUGUGUGUGUGUGUGUGUGUGUGUGUGUGUGUGUGUGUGUGUGUGUGUUGUUUUUUCUUCUUCUUCUUUCCCCUGCCUCCUUUCUAAAUGCCUGUCACUUAACCGACGUGUGCGGCAGAGAGACAAAGCAAGGUUUCUCGAACUGCAAUCAGGGACAAGCCAAAGGUGGCCUGCACCUGUCCAGAUAAUCAGGAAAACAAGUUAGGUGUCCCCCCACCCCAAAUAAUCUUGCUUUCCGCGCUGGAGACAGAGCACAGCCGUCCCGUGGCUUCCCGUUGUGUGGCCUUUCAAGAGGUGAGAAUGUGACGCCGGCCUACAGUGGUGGGUGGAACGUAAUUCCACAGAGUGCCUGACUGGGAAUGGCAGUGCUUAGUCUACGAGGGAGUUGCACUGAUCCCUCCACGCUGUUUUCGGGCAGGGAAGGGUUAAAGCACAGCAGCUCUCCCCUCCAUUUUGUGUGUGUUGACUGUGCCUGUUGGGGUUUUUCUUUAAGGCUGCAGCUUGUGAUUAGUUACCUCAGGGGUUCUCAACCAGUGUCCCCUCUAACAGGGAUUCCCAGAUGCUGUUGACUACAACUCCCAGAAUCCCCAAGCAAGAGCUGUUUCAGCUGGGGAUUCUGGGAGUUGUCGUCAACAACGUCUGGGAAGCCCGUGCUCCCUCUAACAGGGAUUCCCAGAUGCUGUUGACUACAACUCCCAGAAUCCCCAGCUGCAUUGGCUUUUGCUUGGGGAUUCUGGGAGUUGUCGUCGACAACAUCUGGGAACCCCUGUUAGCGGGAACACUGUUCCCAACCUGUGGUCCUCUGGAUGUUGCUGAACUACAAUGCCCACCACCCCUAGCCUCAAUAAAUUGUGGCUGGGGGUGAUGGGCAUUGUAGUUCAGCAACAUCUGGGGGGCCACAAGGUGGGAACCCUUGAGUUGCAUCAGUCAAUUAAAAGCAUGUUGAUUGACUAGGUUGCCAACAUGGGGCACUUGGGGGGCUCCCAGGAGGCAGUCAGAGCCCGGCCUGCACUGCAGGGCUGAAGCUCAGCAUCACCCUCCCCUCAGCCUGACUGACAUUAACACUGAGUGCUCCCAUUGGAAUGAAGAGGUUACCUGUUCCAUUAGUUUCAAUAGUUUCCAUUAGUUUCGUUUCCAUUAGUUUCACUGAUGGCAGGCCUGGGCAAACCUGGCCCUCCAGCUGCUGUGGAACCACCAUGAUGGGAGUUGGAGGUCAACAGCAGCUGGAAAGCCAGGUCUGCUCACCUCUGGCUUACGAGUAACUUAGUAUGGAUGUGAGCGAGCCCAGUGGCUAUUGGAGUCUAUUUCCCCAGCAGUGCGUGUCUUUAUGUAUAGAUGUGUAUAGAUACACAUAAAUUUAAAUGUGACAGUUGUGCUACUCCAGUCACUGGCUUACAUCCAGAUUAGGUGGUUCAUAAUUCUUAUAGCACUUACAUUUAGCAAUAGCACUUACAUUUAUAUACCGCUCUAUAGCCGAAGCUCUCUAAGCGGUUUACAAUGAUUUUAGCAUAUUGCCCCCAACAUUCUGGGUACUCAUUUUACCGACCUCGGAAGGAUGGAAGGCUGAGUCAACCUUGAGUCAACCAACUUAUUGAAAUAAAUGGAACAAGUUUACUUGUCCUGUUGAUUUCGGUGGAAGUUCUCAUGAGUAACUUAGCCUGGAUGUAAGGCAGUGACUGGAGUAUCAUAACUGUAACAUUUCAGUUUGUGCGCACACACGCACAAUCUCUAUGGAAUACCUGAGCUGAAGGUUUGUGAUAGAAGGGUACACAUUUUAAAAGGUUGGGAACCUCUGGAUUUGAAGGAUGACCCUUAAUUGGUUAGCAAUAUAGAUUUCUAAAGAACCUUAAUUUGUAUUUUUUUAAUUGAAAAAACCCAGGAGAUGGCAUGCGCCAUCAUAGAAGAGGCAUUCCCUCUUGUGAGUGAGGAAGAGAGAAAAGGGGGAAUGCUGCUUCUAAGAUGAUGUCUACUGUAACACAUACAUAUACAGUCUUAGGAGAAGCAUUCCCCCUUCUCUCUCCCACAGGACGGAAUGCCUCUUCUAAGAUGGCACCUGCUGCAACACAUGCAUGCUUACUUUUAGAAGAGGCAUUCCCCCUUCUCUCUCUCACAGGAUGAAAUGCCUCUUCAAAGAUGGCACCUGCUGCAACACAUGCAUGCUUACUCAUAGAAGAGGCAUUCCCCCUUCUCUCACAGGCAGGAUGGAAUGUCUCUUCUAAGAUGGCACUCACUGUGACAAUACAUGCAACAUGUAAAAACAAAGUAUACUUUUUUGUUAUGGUAAACUAUUUUUAUAUGUAAAUCUAUGCAGAUCUAAUCAGCUAACAUAUAGAUUAAGCAACUAAAGCUCAUGUAAUGAAUCAACUAAGGCUCCUUUGAUCGGGUGACAGCCCUCAGUUUCUCUAGGCUCUUGCAUGCACAACUGGUGACCCACAGAGCCAACAGGUACAGCCCCCCUCCCACUGGAAGCUCAAUACAUUCUGUCUACUUCCUGGGAUCUGUCGAAUCAGGGCCACAUUCGGCCCUGCUGGGUCACAAGCUGAACAAUCCUGGUGUAGGAUACGCUUUGUUGAUCUAAGGUUUUCCCCCCACUUGCAGCACAAUCUUUUUUUCAUUUUUGCGUAGAAUACAAAUUUGGUUUGGCUAGGAUGUGUUCGUUUCUGACUUCCUUUUUGGCAGGUGUGCGUGUGUGUGUUUGUGUGUGUACGCUGCAACAGAUUAUCAACAUUUUUAAAAACCUGCAUUUAAAAAAGUGUUGGAUUUAAAAAUGUCCCCAAUUAAUUGGGAGAUAGAUAUAAAUCCCUGAGUUUAACGUUCUUACUUGCAAAAGCCACAGAUAGCAGGUGCUAUCUCAGAAGAGGCAUUCCCUUUUUCUGAACAUAGGAAACUGCUUUGCACUGAUUCAGACUCUUGGUCCAUCUGCUGCCUUGGUGAAGAUUGAACCUGGGACCUUCCGCAUAUAUAAAGCAUGCACUUUUGCUACUUAGCUCUGGCCUCUUCCCUCUCCCGCCAGCAGGAAUGUUUCUGAAGAUGGCACAAUCUGUCACCCCUCGCCUAAAAACAAAAUUCCCCCUCUCACCCCAGCACUGUUGUUUUAUUCAUAAUAGCACUUAGCAAUAGCACUUACAUUUAUAUACCGCUCUAUAGCCGGAGCUCUCUAAGCAGUUUACAAUGAUUUAGCAUAUUGCCCCCAACAUUCUGGGUACUCAUUUUACCGACCUCGGAAGGAUGGAAGGCUGAGUCAACCUUGAGCCCCUGGUCAGGAUUGAACUUGCAACCUUCUGGUUACAGGGCGGCAGUUUUACCACUGCGCCACCAGGGGCUCUUAAAUAAGCAGAUUUAAUCAAUGCGCAGGUUCUCAAACCUGUCGUUGGACUACAACUCCCAUCAUCCUCAGCCACAAUGGCCGAGGUCAUUGUGGCUGCUGGAGGUUGUUAUCCAACCGCAUCUGGGGACCCAAGUUUGAGGAUCCCUGCAUUAAAGGAAACAUCAACAACAAUUUCAUUCAUUGGCUGUCGGAUCGAUGCAUUUUGGUUGGUGGGUUCGUUUUACUCUGGUAGAAUAUUCGCUGCUGACUCCCUUGCAUUGUGAAAACAGAUCCUGAACCCAGUUUGCUUGCUCCCACUGGGAAAAUAUUCUGUUAUCAUAGGAUAAAGCACAUUAUUUCAGAUAUUUACCUUUGUGUGAUGAAUGUCAGGCGAGUGGAAUAAACGCUUGCCUUUCUGCCUCUUGGAUAAGAAAUGCUGAUAGAUUCCCACUCGAGUGCAGUCAGUUGGGACCCUGACUAAAUCAAACAAACAAAUCCUCUUGUGUGUGUUCAUCAAAAAAAUAAUAAUGUUUCACCUUAACAAUAUGCAAACCAACCAGUUCUGCCUAUAAUCGUCGUGACUUGCAAGCUGCCACUUUUUCUGGCUUCUCUAAAUGGCUUUGCCGGUCCUUUUUAUAUUUAUGGGGCGUGGGUUUUGUUUGGUUUGUGCUGGACCAGGUAUAUUUUCUCCACCGCUGCAGAAAGGUCAGCUUGACAUUUAAUGGUGGUUAAGCCAUUGGUCCUCCUCCUCCGUCCACGUUCGGUUCCUAGUAGAAAAACCCUGCUGCUGGGUCUGCCGAAAACUGCACUUAGUCAGGGAAAGCACUUUUGCUGAAGCAGCUGAUGCAGUCUCAAAGCAUUUGAAGGAAAAGACAGACACAGGUUCUUAUGGCGCUGGAAGGCAAAGACAGGCUGGACACGGAGAAAAGUGAUCCUGCCAGUAGGAGUGACAACUAGGAAGGAACAUAAGAAACCGCUGUCUACUGAGUCAGACCAUUGGUCCGCCUAGCUCAGUAAUGUCUACUCUGACUGGCAGCAGCUCUCCAGGACUUCAGGCAGGAUUUUUUCCCCCUCAGCCCUGCCUGAAGAUGUUGUCAGGGAUUGAAGCUCACAUUGAUUACAGGCAGGAGUCUCUCCCAGCCCUACCUGGAAAUGCCAGGGAGUGAACUUGGAAGUUUCUGCAUGCAAGGCAGAUUCUCCGCCACUGAGCUACAGCCCCGUCCUCUGUCAUGUUGACUUUAGGGAUGAAGGUUCACUCCGAAGUCCCCAGCCAGCUUCCUGGCCUCAAUCCGGCCACAUCUUGGCUGCUGCAGCUCUCUAAUUUGCCCUUCCUUCCAUAUUUGUCCAAAUUCUGCAUAGAGCCGUGCAGUGUGUGUACAGAUCAAAUGUCCAGCUUUGCGCCUCCCCUUCCGCUUUAGACUGGCUGGCUGGCUGGCUGCCUUAAAGGAAAAAAGCACGGCAUGGACCUUCGUAUAUUGAUCUGCCCAUUUGUCGCCAUAUUUAUUUUUGCAGCUGCUCCAGGGAUUGUGUGGAAAGGAAAGGUUGACUUCACGAAUACUAGCCAGUCAGCAUUUUGCACUGCUGACUCCUGAUACAAAUGUGUAGAACCCUUCCUCCCCACCCCACAUUCUGACCCUGGAGAGGAAGAGAGAAUUUUUGCACUGAAAACAGUGAGAGCACUUCCAGAGGAGGCCUGUUGCUUCCAAAACGUCACUUCACCCAUAGAUAUUUGGGAGCAUGCCUGUUGGUUGGCGAAGUGCUCCUGCAAAGAUGAAAGUUGGGUAUCUCCCGACAGAGUCUUUCCAUGUGAUCAGAGAACUUGUUUGAUCAGGCUUCACUAAGAAGCCUCCCCUGCACUUCACCAUGCAAAUGUUGAGAGUGAAGCUAGCCAGCUUGGAUGGCUUUCAGAGGGGCUUAGGCAAAUUCAUGGAGGACAGGUCUAUCAGCGGCUGCUAGUCUGAUGGUUAUAGGCCACCUCCAGCCUCAGAGGCAAGGUGCCUCUGACUACCAGUUGCAGGGGAGCAAGAGCAGGGGAGAGGGCAUGUGGGCUUACCUGUGGGCUUCUCAGAGGCAUCUGGUGGGCCUCUUGGGCCUGAUCCAGCAUGGAUGUUCUUAUGGCCCCACUCUUCCUCCAUCCGCAGAGAACAUAUAGGGAGCAGCCAUGAGAAGAGCUCUACAGCCUUGCAUUGUGCACAUCAAACUGCGGUGAAAGGGUGGCUUAGGAAAUUGACAUAUCCCUCCAGCAACAAGAUCCUAAGGGUGGUUUUAAAGAUGCCCCGGGAUUCCCCAAGGCAGCUUGUGCUACAGUGGACAAGUGCAUGGGGGAAUCUCGGAGCAUCGCCACUGCUCGGAAACACUGGGCCAAAGUACAGGGCGUUCUUUGCAAUGCCAAGGGUAACGGAAUCAGGCAUGUUAUCACUUUUUCCGUGAUUGUAUCCAUAAGCAAAUUUUCAAGUGAAUACUAUGUAUACCCACCAGCAAGAGUACAUCUCCCACUAUAAAGCUAUAUUUUUACAAUACCGUUAAAUAUUAUAAAUUAUGUCUGAAAUGUGCAAAAUGCAUCAGUAACAUAAUCAGAAAUGAUGUCCAAAGAUUCUGAUUCCAUUACUGGUGUAUUUCAUUAUUUAUUUGAGACAUUUAUAUCCCAUCCUAUAUAAAAUCUCAGGGCGGCUUACGAUUUAAACAAACAGCAACUAAAACCUAAAAAUCAUAUAAAACAGGUUAAAAUUGCCAUAAAUGAAACUUUAAAACAAGUAAGAAUGAUUUUGAGCUUGUUGGUUGUCAUUUAUCAGAUGUUUUGUGUUUACAUGUUUGGUUUUUCUUCUUCUCUGAGUUGUAAUAUUGCAUGGGUUUUUUUUAAAUUAAAAAAUAUAUAAAAUAAAAUAAAAGCCUGAUGAAACGGGUGUUUUCAAAAGUUACUUAAAAACAACCAGAGAUGGGGAGAUUCUGAUUUCAUGUGGGAGUGUGUUCCAGAGCCCCAGGGCAACUCUAGAGGAGGCCCAGUUUUGGGACGCCACCAAACAAGCCGGCAGCAACCACAACCAGACCUCCACCGAUGAUCUUAAUAGGUUCAUGAAGAAGGCGGCACUCUCUUGAAUAUCUUGGGCCCAAGCCGCUCAGAUCUUUAUAGACAAUAACCGGCACUUUGUAUUUUGCCCAGAAACUAAUUGGCAGCCAGUGCAGUUCUUUUAAAACAGGAGUAAUGUGGUCUCGGCAGAGACCAACCUGGAGACCAACCUGGCUGCUGCUUUCUGCACCAGUUGCAGUCUCCGAACUAUGUACAAAGGCAGCCCAACGUAGAGCUCAUUGAAGCAGUCAAGCCUGGAUGUCAGCAGCAAAUGCACCACUGCUUUUAAGGUCCUUUCUCUCAAGAAAUGGAUGUAGCUGGUAUAUCAGCCAUAUUUAAGGUUUUGUGUAAAAAAAAAAUGUCCUUAUAGUAGAUGUUCUCUUGUCAGUGUCAGUUGGUAUAUAUAAUUGCAACUUGAAAAUUUGCUUACAGCUACAGUCAUUGACAAAGGGGGAGCAUGCCUGAUCCCGUUACCUUUGGAAUUGUUCUCUUUUGGGAACUGAUCCAGAAAAUAUACAUACAUCUUUUUGAGUACUAGAGACCUGACCAUUGAGAGGUCUUGCAUCUCUUCUAACUGGGAGCAACUGAUACACUGAUCCAUAUUUUUGAAAUUGGGGAUUCUAUAAGCUGCGUGCAUGGAUUCUCAAGCUGCCUACUACUGAGUCAGACCAUUUGCCCUUCCAGCCCAGGACUGGCAGCUCUGACUGGCAGCAGCUCUUUAGGGUCUCAGGUAGCGAUCCAUCGUCUGCUACCUGAUCCUUUUAACUGGAGGUGUCAUGGACUGAACCCGGGAUUUUCUCCAUUAUUGUAAAGCCCUACUGCAGAGCUUUCCUCCCGGCCUUCUAAAGGCAGCUUCCAAAAAAAUCCAACAACACCCCUGUACCCAAGUACCAAACAUUUGGGAAAUGUUGAUCUUACUGUGCAAAUCCAGUGCUCCUAAUGUAUGCAACAAAUGUUAAAAUAAAAGGAGAAUUAAAAUGAAAUCUGCAGCUAUCCUAAAGGAACAGAAGCCAUGUGAAUCAGAUUGCAGUGUGUUCAUAUAUAUAUUUAUAUAUUCAUACUUUGUUUACAGCGCUUUGUGUAUAGGUCCUUGUAACACCUCCGUGUUUCUCUCUCGCCUCCUCAUUUCUCCGCCUGUUCUGUAAGUUUUAUUUACUGUCCUGAUGACGGAUGGAAGUUAAACUUUUUCUAACCUGUUUUUAUUUUGGGCGAUUUUUUUAAAAUUGUGGUUUUCAACAAAAUAAAGAAAGAUUUUAAAGGAAAA